CUUUUUUUAUUUAUUUAUCUUCUUUUUAUAAUGCUUAUUAUUAUUUAUUUAAUUUGAUAUGCCAAAUUGUGUCAAUUUUACUAUUAGUAAAAUGUUUUUCGAUUUUUGAAUAAUUUAAAGAUGAAGCUUUUAUGGAAUUAAUUUGUUUUUCGUUUGAUAGCAAAGAUAUCAAAUGGUGCAUAUAAAAAAAAAUAUAUAUGAUAUAUAAUAAAUACAAAAAAUAUAUAAAUACAAGUUGGAAACAGUAUUUGUAAAUAUUUAUAGGUAUAUAUGAAAAAUAUUUAUGCGUGAGGUAAUUGAAGUUGAAAUUAAUUUGUUGAAAAAUUUUUGAUUCUGCUGAUUUUGUUGUCUUUAAAUUGAGCAACAGUUUUUUUUUUUUUUUCAAUCAAAACAAAGAGGUUUAUAAGAGACUUGACCAGCAGGGUUUUGAAAUUUCUAAUGAAUUUAUUUUGAGAAUAAUACGUCAUAUAUACACAGCCUAAUAAAAGAGUAGUUAUUACAUUACUGUAAUUAUAAUAAUUAAAAUAAAAUUUAAUAAUCACAUUAAAUAUAACAAAUAAAAAAAAAAAGAAUUUUAUAAUCAGACGUAUAUUAUAGAAAUAAAAUGAAAAAGUGUUAAAAAGUUUAUGUAGAUAUUUAUGAUGCACUGAGAUAUGCACCACAAAUUCGUUGCAAUUAUUCGUUGAAUUUGCAAUGUCUAAAUGUUUGAAUAAAAAUCUAUUCGAUAUGUAUAUAUUUUGUAAAUAACUAAAUGUCAAAAAUGAAAAAACUUUAGAAUAAAACAAAUAUAUAAAAAUUGAUUAAAAUGUAUAAAGUAUUUUUUGAUUUUUUUUUUUUUAAUUCCAGGAAAAAAAUUACAUGAAAGGAUGUGAGUUUUGCUUGCUUGCAUACAUUUUCCUAUGUGGAAAAAUAUUUCGUCAAUUAGAUUUUUCCUUGGAGGCAUUUUUCCGCAGUUAAAUUUGUUAAUUAUUAAUAUAUUUUUUGUGUUAGAAAAAAAGGUAAAGGUAUUUUUAUAAGACUGUCUAAAAGAUCAACAAAAAAAUAAUUUAUAAAUCUUAAAUAUUAUUUAAAAAUCUAAUUGUUUAUAAUUUUUUUAAAAGCUCAACUUGAAUGAGUUGAAUUUUCAAUAGCGGAAAAUGGAUAUGCGGAAAAUUGAGUUUCGAAUCGAAUAAAAAUUUCUGCGCCUAGUGCAUAUACGAGUUUGUGCGCAGAUGAGCAAUUUCUACUCCAAAAUAAUUUCGAAAUUUUACUAUUUGCUGUCAAAUAAGUCAAUAAAAUAUUUUACUAUGAUUAUUUAAAUUACGUAGGACAUUAUAUAAUGUUAAAAUAAAUAAUUAAAAAUUAUUAUUGCUAAUAAAUAAACAAUGUAAAUUUACCUUAAACAGUUCAGUUGCAAGAUGGAUGACAUGGAGAAAACGUCAAUACAUUUUGUAUUUCGAAAAAUUUAUUUGUUAUUAAAUUGAAUUCGAUUAUACUUAAUUUGUAAUGUUUAUGAAAAUAUAUAUGUGUGUAAGACAGAUGUAAAAUGUGUUUUUGAUAAAAAAAUAUUUGUAUUUUAUUUAUUAUUUAAUAUAUAAAAAUUAAAAAAUUAAAAAAAGUUUUCUAUUAUUAUAAAUUUGUGAUUAAGAUGGCUGAAUUUGUACGCGGUGGUCCUAGCGUAUCAAAUAGCUCAAAGACUGGUUUUCAAAUUGAUCAUCCAAGUAAAGGUGGAUCACCAAGUACUGGUAGUGAAGAUGGAGGUCCAAAUGAAUCAUUCAAUGUUGAAAAUGAAUUUGAUCCAUUUCUUGAAAAUAUACCAGAUGAUUUGCAAGACAUGGAAGAGCCAGAUAGUAGAAAUAAUACACUACUUACAGCUCCACCAGAAAAUCAAUGGUAUCAUGGACGUCUUGAUAGAUUCACAUCCGAGGAUAGACUAUGGGAUACAAAUAAAAUGGGAAGUUAUUUAGUACGUGAAAGUGAUAGAAAACCAGGAAGUUAUGUAUUAUCAUAUCUUGGUCGUACAGGAAUAAAUCAUUUUCGUAUAACAGCUGUUUGUGGUGAUUAUUAUAUUGGUGGACGUCAAUUUAAUAGUUUAUCUGAUUUAGUUGCUUAUUAUACACAUUGUUCGGAUUUAUUAAAACGUGAACGUCUUAUUAAUCCAAUACCACCACCAGAACCAGUUAAUGAUAAAAAAAGAAUUGUUGCAAUAUUACCAUACACAAAAAUGCCAGACACUGAUGAGCUGAGUUUUCAAAAAGGUGAUAUAUUUUUUGUUCACAAUGACAUGGGUGAUGGUUGGCUAUGGGUUACAGCACAUAGAACUGGUGAACAAGGUUUAAUAUUUCGUGAUUUAGUUGAUGAUUUAGAUGAAUCAAUUGAUCCAAAUACUGUAUUUUCAUGGUUUCAUCCAAAUGUAACUAAAAGUGAAGCUGUUGAUAUGCUUGUUAAAGCUGGUCCUGGUAGUUUUUUAGUAAGACCAUCAGAUAAUAGUCCUGGUGAUUAUUCAUUAUUUUUUCAUAUUAAUAAUCAAAUACAAAGAUUUAGAAUUGAAAAAAAAGGUGUACGUUAUUUAAUGGGUGGUAGAACAUUUGAAUGUCUUGAUGCUGUUAUUAAUCGUUAUCGUAAAGAACAAAUUGUCGAGGGACAUACAUUGGUACAAGCUAUGGUUACUGAUCCAGAUGGUAGUGUACGUGUUAAUAGAGAAAUUCAACAUGCUGAAAAAAUAUAUGCAACAUUACGUGAAUGUCGUGAACAAUCUGGUGUUAAAAAAACAAAAGGUAUUAAAAUGCAAGGUUAUUUAGAAAGAAAAUCAGAAAAAAAUAAAAAAUGGAAAUCAUUAUAUUUUGUUCUUGUUGUUGAUGCAUCAGAUACACAUCUUUAUUUAUAUGAUAAUCCAAAAAGAACAAAACCAAAAGGUCUUAUUGAUUUAAGUUGUGCAUAUUUAUAUCAAGUACAUGAAAGUGUAUUUGAUAGACCACAUUGUUUUCAAAUUGUUGAACGUGCAUUACCAUGUUUAUCAACAAUAACAUAUUUAUCAUCAACAAAUUCUGAAAUAUCACAAGAAUGGAUUAAUUCAAUAAAACCAUUAUGUGUAUCACAGCUAACAAGAUCACCAAAAGUAUCACGUUUACGUGAAUUAAGAUCAUUACAUUUACAUAUAUUAGAUGCACAUAGAUUACCAUAUAAAUUAGUACCAAAUCCAUUUAUAAUAAUUGCAUUAAAUAAUGUUAAAGUUGCACGUACUAAAAGUAAAACUGGUACACAACCAUUAUGGGAUGAAGAAUUUAUACUUGAAGAUGUACCAUCAGAUGUUAUGAGUUUUUCAUUGACAUUAUAUAAUCGUGGUAAAAGAAGUAAAGAUACUGAAGUUGCUGAGGUAUCUGUUGAAUUAACAAAUUUACCAAAUGGUGAAGAAAUUGAUGAAUGGUAUCCAUUAGCUGGUGUAACACCAAUUGGUGAAUGGGGUGCAUUACGUUUACGUAUACGUUAUAGACAUGAUUUAGCAAUGCCACCAGAAGAAUAUAGUCCAUUACAACAAUUAUUAUUAGAUCCUGAAUUACAUGUUGUACGUGCAUUAGCUGAUGUUUGUCAUCUUGAUCGUGUACCACUUGCUAAUAGUCUACUACGUAUAUUUAAACGUGAACGUAAAGAAGCUGAUUUAUUACGUUCAUUAAAUCAAGCUGAAGUUGAUAAAGAAGAUGAAACACCAACAUUAUUUCGUGCUGCAAGUUUAACAACAACAUUAAUGGAUCUUUAUAUGAAAUCAGUAUGUACGUCAUUUUUAAAAGUUGCAUUACGUGAUACUAUUGUUAAAUUAAUUGAUAGUAAACAAAGUUGUGAACUUAAUCCAACUAAAAUGGAUUCACCAGAGGAUGCAUGUAGUAAUGCUGAAUUUUUAUUACAAGUACUUGAUGAAGUUACACUGAGUAUAUUUACAAGUCCUGAUUCAUGUCCAAAAACAUUGAGAUAUAUUUGUGGAUGUUUACAAAGAGCUGUUGUAACUAAAUGGCCACAUGAACGUCUUGUUAGAACUCGUGUUGUAAGUGGUUUUAUAUUUUUACGUUUACUAUGUCCAGCAAUACUUAAUCCAAGAUCAUUUAAUUUAAUUGCUGAGCCACCACCAUCAGCUGCUGCUAGAUCACUCGUUAUGAUUGCAAAGUGUCUACAAAAUUUAGCAAAUCUCGUUGAAUUUGGAGGCAAAGAACCAUACAUGGAAGUUGUUAAUCCAUUUAUAUUAAAAAAUAAAGAAAGAAUGGUUGUUUUUCUUGAUCAAAUAUCGAAUAUAACUGAUAAACCAGAAUCUGAAAGCAAUGAUCCACGUAACAAGACUAAUUGUGUAUCAGACACAGCAAGAGAUCUAGCAACACUUCAUCAUAUUUGUGUUUCACAUUUACGUGAACUUCAAGUACUCUCAAAAACUCAGGCAACAAUUAAACAGCUAGUUACUGUCACGGAAAUGCUGAGUAAACAUAAACAAAAAUACAUGGAAAUGAUACGGUAGUAAUUUCAAAGAUAAAAUAUAUCCAAAAAAAUAAUGCAUCGAAAUACCAAACAUAAAUGGCGCAUAAUAAUAGACUACGAAAGUCUAUUAAAUAAAUACUUUUUAAUUAAUCAAACUAUUAAGUCAACGAAAAAAAUUGACAUAAAAAAAAACAAAUAUUAUUUUUUUUUUUCUUUUGAAUCUCUAGGCUUUAUACAAAUAAUUAUGUUAUACAAAAAAAAAAAAUAUAUAUAGAUAUAUAAACAAAGUAGAUAUAAAUGAUUUUUUAAAAUUUAAAUUAAAAAAAAAAAAGCAGUUUAAAGAGAAUCAAAUGUAUCAAGAGUAAUUUUUGAUGAUUCAAAUGACUAUUGUUAUUUGAAUCAUUAAAAAUAUUUAUUGAGACAGUUGAUUUUAUUUAAGCUGCACUUUUUAUUUAUGGCUUUAAUUGUUUAAUUUGUUGACACUUAAAUGUACGUUUUAAUUUUUGCUUAAAGUGUAUCAAAUUUUUAAAACCAGAACUUCAAUUUUCAUCUUACAAACUUUACAUUAGUCUUAUUUUUUAGGUAAUUUAAUGAUCUUUGUAACAAUUACUCACACUUUAAUUACAAAGCUCAUUUAAUCACCUAAAAAUCCAUAUAAAUAUAACGAAAAAAAAUUGAUUAAUUAAUUAAUUUGCAAAUACAUUCAAACUUCAACGAAAUUAAUUUAUUCUUGUGAAUAAAAUAACUAAAAUUAAAUGAAAAAAAAAUAAAACUGUAUUUGUUAUAAUAUAACAACAAAACAGUACAGUAUCUAAAUUUUAAUUUGGUAUUUUUUAUUCUUAAUUGAAUAGAUAAAAAUACGUCUUCACUUGUAUAUCCGCCAAAUGUGUAUAUUAAUAAUUUGGAUAAUUUUUCUAUGGCCAUAAAAAAUGGCCCAAUAAUAAUUUAAACCCAAAUUAUUUUUAAAAUAAUAAUUAUGUAACGCGCAGUAGUAAUUAAAAUGAAAAAUAAUAAUAAUACGAAUUAAGUAAUUCAAUUAAUAAAACGUAACAGACUGACGUGCCAUUCUAUUUCGUAUGUGAUUAGAAAAUAGUUUAUACAUUAUAAAAAUGAUCUAUAUAUUAUAUACAAUAAUAAAUAUAUAUUUAGCAUCAAUAACAUGACAGUGAUAUAGCGACAUGCAUAAUGACGUAAAUUAAUGUACGAUGAUUUUAUAUUUACCUAGUUGCUUCGAUAAAAUAAUCAAAAUAUAAAAAUGUAAUUUGAUGUAAUGUAUAAGUCAAAUUUUACACCAACCCCCUCUUCAAGGCACUAGGUAAUUUUUUUAUUUGUUUUUCUUUUUCACUUUUAAUAAAAAACAAAUUGAUUUAUA